UGAUCAUUUCAAGCCAUUUUACAAUUGAAUCAUAAACCACACAAGUGAAUAUGGUUUAUUUAUCCUUACUUCACCAAGAAGAUAGUCGUGUUUACCCGUGAUUUGGUUGCCACUGUCAGCUUCCAUUUAGGAACGAAGUACACGACUUUGACUUCCCGAGUGUCUGUAUCUCCAUGCAUGACUGGAACCAAAGGGAUAUUUUUGGCAAAGAUCAAACAAAUGGACCAGAGACCCCGCGCAGUCACAACAUCAGCUGAUAAGAGAUGAAAAUAAUAGACCUCUGAAUCCCUCUUUCACGCACAACAAUCUCAGACAAAUGACCAUUGGUGUGAUGAUGGAUCUCUUCUGGAUACUUUUUAAUGGAAACCCACAACUGUUUUACCAGUUCCUGAACAUUCCUUUUGCUCUACUGUUGUAUUAUUUAGCUAGACAGGGAUAUCUCUCAAUAGUCAGCAGGCACGCCUGUUUGACGCUGGGAGGCUUCGUCCUGGCUAUCGCAACGAUGGGUCCAUACAGCGUUCUUCUGUUCUUCAGUGUUUGUCUUUCCCUUUCUCUCAGCCACUUUCUGGAGCCAGUGCACAUCCAUCGAUGGACUUUCGGACUACAGAUGUGCUGGCAAACGUUCUGGCAUUGCUACAUCCAGUUCCAACUAUAUUGGCUUCAGGAGACACCGGACUCGAGGCUUUUGCUGGCCACGUCAGCUCUGAUGUUGAUGACCCAACGUGUUUCUUCUCUGUCUCUGGAUCUUCAGGAAAGAACAGUCUUGAGAGGAUUUCAGAAAAACACCAUUUCAUUUCUGAGUUACUUGUUUUGUUUCCCGUCUCUCCUCGGAGGACCACUUUGCAGUUUCGACACGUUUGCGGGGUCUGUUAGACAAAUGAGCCGGACUCCACCGUUGGCCACCUGUGUGGGUAAUCUUGCAUCAAAAACAUUGCAAGUUUUACUUUUGCUUUUGAUGAAAUAUUUUCUAAAUUUGCUCAUGAAGUCUCCUAAUACUUUGAAAGUAAACCGCUGUGCUUUUCAAGACAUAUUAGGGAUUUGGAUCUUAGCCCUGCUACUAAAAAUGAACUAUUAUGCACACUGGAAGGUAAGCGAGUGUGUUAACAACGCUGCCGGCAUGGGUCUCCGUGGAAACAAUCGGACUGGAAAAGCAUCAUGGGACGGGUUGUCUGAUGGCAACCCAUGGGUGACGGAAAUGUCAAGCCGUCCUUCGGUGUUUGCUCGGGAGUGGAACAGAACCACAGCGGAGUGGCUUCGGAGGAUGAUCUUUCAAAGAUUCGAUAGAUCUCCGUUGUUCAUGACCUUCGGGUUCUCAGCUUGGUGGCACGGCCUUCAUCCAGGACAGAUUCUGGGCUUUCUCAUGUGGGCCGCCACUGUGGAAGGAGACUACAAGUUACAUCGCUUUCUAAAACCCAAGCUCACAUCCCUGUGGAGGAAAAGGCUGUAUGUGUGUCUAAACUGGACUUUUACUCAGCUGACCACUACAUGUGUUGUUGUUUGUGUUGAGCUACAGAGUUUAGCGUCUGUCAGACUGCUUUGUUCUUCAUAUUUCGCCGUCUUUCCACUCCUGAGUGUUCUCUCCAUUAUAAUCCUGUGAGAAUGUAUUUGGAAUGUAAUAACUAACCAACAAACAAAUCCAACAUCAAUUUUGUUGUAUCCGUGAUUAAUAAAUCACAACAUUUAUAUCCUUUAGUAAAAAUAAAUAUACCUGAGAAAAAGUUCAAGAAAGCAUUUUAUGUAGUAAGUAUUAGU